AUGUCGACAAAUGUCCGAACGUUAUUAAACAAAUUUCAACCAACACAACAACAAAAUGACACAACUGGUUAUCAUGGUAGUCCAGUGACAAUACAAAAUGAUUCUAAACGAUUUCAUGAUAAUCAAAAGUCAAAGUAUUAUUCAUUGAAUGAUGAUCGAGAAAAAUUAUUAAAGUAUGAAAAUGAAAGAAAAACUGCAACACCGACAAUAACAAGACUAAUUGAUGAAAAUUAUAGUCAGCCUUAUGGAGUUUAUGUGUGUAUUCAUUGUGGCAAAGAUCAAAUGGUCACAAUUGUUGCUAUUAAUCCAACAACAUCAAACCUAGUACAAUUACACAAAACUACUUCAGAAUCGGAUUUUUUAUCUCACAAAAAUGAAAAAGUGUUGCUUUCCAGUAAUGUUCAGGAACAAAGUUGGAGCACAAGUAUAAAUCAACAACAAAAACAACAACUACAACAGCAGCAACUACAACAACAACACCAACCACAACAACACCAACCACAACUACAACAACAGCAACUACAACAACAACAACAAUCACAACAACAAAAACAACAACAAUUACAACAACAACAAUCACAACAACAAAAACAACAGCAAUUACAACAACAACAAAAACAACAACUACAACAACAACAACUACAACAACAAAAACAAUCACUACAACAACAACAUGAUGUAAGAGAGACUAUAAUAAAUGAUAUGAACCAACGACGAUAUUCUCAAAAUUACGAUCGUCAUCGUUCGUCCCUUUAUGGUGAAAUUAUCGAGGAUGCGAACGAAAAUGAAGGCGAAAUUCAUACAUAUUCUUCAAAACUAAGUAUGCCUGAAAAACAUUCAAAUGAUGUCCCAUCACUGAAUUAUCAACAUAAAAAUUCUGAACGUGAUAAUAGUUUUGUUAAUAUUGAAAAGUCAACAGAUCAGGAACAAUUAGAGCGGAACAUUGAUGGUCUAGUUGAAAAUUGGCUUCGUCAUAGUGUAGAACAUGUGUCACAGGACAAUAUAAAAAACGAAAGACGAGUCCAAUCUCAAAACGAUAAUACAAGAAGUGGAGAUCAACAUCAACGAGAACAAAUGAUGGGAAUAAGAGGUGAUAAAACUGAACAAUCCCAAUCAAUAAAUGCUAAAAAUAUGGAGUUACAGUUUGAUCCAAUACUAGGAAAUGUGUUGCUAAAGCAGUCGACUGUUGAGCUCAGAAGAGAAUCUAAUUACCAUGGGAAAAGAGACAGUAUUCAAACCAUGACACGGGAGACAUAUCGAGAUACCGAUCCGGGUGACGAUGAUCAAAUGUAUUAUGCAUCAAAAUUGGAUCGUGACACUGUUUUGCGAAAUGAAAGCGAAAAACCAAUUUGGGCACGCCGACGUUUAUCUCAUUCAACCGUAAAACCAUCCGAUUUGAUACAGGAACCAGAUAAACAAGAAAAAUUAGAACCAAAAGCACUAAGAAGAUUGUCGAGAGCUGAUCUUGCCACUGAUUUUCUCCGAAUAUCAUCAAAAAGUGCUGACAAUGUGAGUAGAAAUCCAGCAGUUAUCAAAGACACCAUAUUACAUUGGUGUCAAGAUGUUACACAAUAUUACAAAAAUGUUAAUAUCAAGAAUUUUUCAUCAAGUUGGGCGAAUGGCAUGGCCUUCUGUGCUAUAAUUCAUCGGUAUUUUCCUGAAGAAUUUAGUUAUGAUAUACUUGAUCCAAAUGAGCGUCGAAAAAAUUUUGAUUUAGCUUUUACUAUUGCUCAAGAACGUGCGGGAAUAGAUCCACUGAUUGACACAGACGAUAUGUUAAUGAUGAAAGACAAACCCGAUUGGAAAGUAGUAUUUACCUAUGUACAAAGCCUUUAUCGGCACCUCUCGCGAAUACAACCACCAUCUGUUUUACGCGAACGAUUUUAA